GCGUUUUGAUCGAAGAUGGAAUUGAUAAACGACUUCCUCAACCUUACUGCACCUUUCUUCACCUUUUUUGGUCUUUGCUUCUUCUUGCCUCCUUUUAUCUUCUUCAAGUUUUUGCAGUCUAUCUUCUCUACCAUUUUCUGUGAAAAUCUUAAUGGGAAAGUGGUUCUCAUCACUGGUGCUUCCUCCGGUAUCGGCGAGCGAUUGGCGUAUGAGUACGCAAGUAAAGGUGCAUGUCUGGCUCUGACUGCCCUAAGGAAGAACCGUCUAGAGGAAGUGGCAGAGAUUGCACGUGAAGUUGGAUCCCCGAAUGUUGUCACCGUUCAUGCUGAUGUCUCCAAACCUGAUGAUUGUAGACGAAUCGUAGAUGAGACCAUCUCCCAUUUUGGCAGAUUGGAUCAUCUUGUAAAUAAUGCUGGAAUAACGAAGAUUUCAAUGUUCGAGAACUUUGAAGAAAUAACUAGGACAAGAUCAGUUAUGGAUACUAACUUCUGGGGAUCAGUUUAUACAACUCGUGCUGCGCUUCCUUACCUUCGACAAAGCAAUGGGAAGAUUGUGGUUAUGUCGUCCUCUGCGGCAUGGCUAACCGCCCCACGGAUGAGCUUUUACAAUGCGAGCAAAGCAGCUUUGUUAAACUUCUUCGAGACUCUGAGAAUUGAGCUUGGCGGAGACGUACACAUUACAAUCGUUACGCCUGGUUAUACUCAAUUCGAACUCGCACAAGGCAAGUAUUUCUCUGCUGAAGGAGAGUUAGUAGUCGACCAAGACGUCAGAGAUGUUCAAGUAGGAGGAUUUCCGGUAGCAUCGGUAUCAGGUUGUGCAAAGGAGAUAGUGAACGGUGUGUGUCGGAAACAAAGAUAUGUGACCGAGCCAUCAUGGUUUAAGGUGACGUAUCUUUGGAAAGUAUUUUGUCCGGAACUGAUUGAGUGGGGUUGCCGGUUGCUGUUCAUGACCACGUCUGAGGAAAAUGCACUCAACAAGAAGAUCUUGGACAAUACGGGUGUACGUGGGGUCCUGUACCCCGAAUCUAUCCGAACGCUUUGAAAUCAAGUCCGAGUAGCUAGAGUAAUAUGGGUGAUAAUUCAUAAAAAGUCAGAUGCAAUGAGUAUAAAAUAUAAGUAUCUCA